GGCAACCACGGAUGUGCUGUUUAUCUCCAAUUGCCAUAAAGUAACCUUAAAAUGGUAUCCCACGUAAUGUCAGAAACACGGUAACCAGUGCGUGCACAACGGAUUCAUACACGUUGCAACCCUGUAAUCCGUGGCAGCGAUGUUGGUUGCAGGUGACACUCUAUGGGACAUAGCUUUGGCUCAAGUUUCUAAAAAGAAUGAGGACAAAGAAAAUGAAGAAGACAUAGAAACCAGGGAAAGAUCUGUAUUUUUCUUGGGAAAUAAGAGUGGGGGGAAAACUACAAUUAUACUCAGAUUCCUUGACAGAGAUGAAGUUUCAAAGCCUACGUUAGCUUUGGAAUAUACUUUUGGAAGAAGAGCAAGAGGACAUAACACUCCAAAAGAUAUUGCCCACUUUUGGGAACUAGGUGGUGGAACCUCUCUGUCUGACCUUGCGCAGAUUCCAAUCACUGUUGACAACAUAAGGACCCUUUCUGUUGUUUUGGUUUUGGAUCUUUCCAAACCCAAUGACCUAUGGCCAAGCAUGGAGAAGCUAUUGAGUGUGACAAAGAACCAUAUAAAUAAAACCAUGAAUGAACUAGGUAAAAAAGAUUCCAUUAAUGUAAAUGAGAUCAAGCAAAGGACCUGGAAAAUGUUGCAGAAGAAUCACCCGGACUGGGAACUUGUUGAUCCAUUUCCUCUUCCUCUAGUUAUAAUUGGAAGCAAGUAUGAUAUUUUUCAGAAUUUUGAAUCUGAAAAAAGAAAAGUAAUUUGUAAGACACUGCGUUUUGUUGCUCAUUACUAUGGAGCUUCACUGUUGUUUUUCAGCAACAAAUCAGAAGCUACAAUAUCUAAGUUGCGAACUGUCCUGAACAAUUUGGCAUUUGGUACUGAUAGAAGCAAAACAGUAUCUGUGGAGUACAACAAACCACUGUUUGUCCCUGCUGGGAUGGAUUCAUUGAGUCAGAUUGGAUCUCCACCUGCUGCUGAAGUUGACUUGGGCAAAAUAAGUGCAAGAAAUCCAAUUGAUCUGUGGAAGAAAGUAUAUGAGAGGUUAUUCCCACGUGAGAGUACUAGGGAAUUCAAAGAUAUUGUGGAUCCAGCCAAAGACCCACAGUACACGGAACCUGAAGUGGAUAUAAUGAGGACACAAAAGGACCAGGAACUUGAGCAAUAUAAAAGAAGUGCUUCCAAAUCAUGGAAAGAAAUGGAAUUUGACACACGUGGGAAAUGAUUGAACAUUGUGUUCAAUGGUGCAUUUUUGAUUACAAAAAUGAAUAAUUUGUGUAAUUCAAUAUCAACUUCUUGGCAGUUAUCUACAAAAAGGCAUUAAAGUGCUAUUAUACUUGAA